ACGUGACAGCUCUCCAAUGACAAAACUCACAGCACAUGACAGGAGCCACUGAGAAGAAAAAACGUUUGAUAAACUCCACCUAUCCCAUGUGAAGGUCCUCAGUUUUGACGAGCCAUAGUACGCACAAAAUUAAAUAUCGUGUCACGCUUCCUUGCUUAUAAAUGGAAGGGUUGUGGGCAGGGGCCAAGUUUGGCUUGGUGUGAGUGAAAGUGUGUAAGAUGAUGAUGUAGAUCAGAAAAGAGACAGAGAGAUGGGAAGGAGAACAGGGAAAGAGUCAAAGUCGUAUACGCUUCCCUCAUCACCAUCUCACUCGUUCUCAUCCUCUUCCUCCUCAGACUUCGAGUUCACAAUCUCAAUCUCACCGCGUAAAUCCUCCACAGCACUGUGCCCUGCGGAUGAGCUCUUCUACAAGGGCCAACUGCUACCACUUCACCUCUCUCCGCGCAUCUCAAUGGUCCGCACCCUCCUCCUCUCUUCCUCCUCCACCUCCUCCUCCGCCACCACCUCCACCGCCGCACGCGACUCCACCGGCAGCAGCUCCAACGACUCCAACUCCUCCUUCACCAGCGACCUCGCUCUCUUCCCCGACUGCGACUCUUCUCGCCCCAGCUCUGUCACCGAGGACGACGAGUUCAAGCGCCUCCACAACCCUUCCUCCAAGCUCGACCCAACCCACAUCAAGAAGACCCACAAGUAUUUCUCCUUCUCCAGAUUCUCCUCCGUUUUCCGCAAGGAGAACGCCACCAAAACCCGCGGUGGUGGUGGUGACCCCCCUGACAACGUGACUGGUUCCUCUUCGGUGAAGCGAAUGAGUGCCACUGCGAAAGAGGUCAUAAGAAAGUAUCUGAAGAAGGUGAAGCCUUUGUACGAGAAACUGUCCCAGAAACAGCAACAGCAGAGGUUGGCGGUGGAGGGUACAACGUCGUCGGUUUUGUCUCUGUUAACGAGGACAGAGAGAUCUACGAAGGAAACUGAGGGUUGUGCUAAUAAAAGGGGGAGGAAGGAGAGUGUGAGUGUGCUUUCUCACUCGUUUUCGGGAAACCUGAGAUACCCUCGAAGGAGAAGCUGCGUUUCUAGUUGCCCUUCUUCCAUGAGAUCAUCACCCAGCCAUUCCGGCGUGCUUUCUCAAAAGGGUGUCCUCGGCGGCAUGAACUACGGAGACACUUCUUCGAUGGAAGAGUUGCAGAGCGCAAUCCAAGGAGCAAUCGCGCAUUGCAAGAACUCUUUGAUUCAGAACAAAACAAUGGUCAGCAACGAAAUCUAAAUCUAAAUCUAAUCUAAUCAACCGUAAUUAAGGUUGCUGUUAAUUUAGUUUUCGACAUGUAGUUUCUUAUGUUUGAUUCAUUGUCUUCCACGUUCUGAUUAACCAACGGUCAUGUGUUCAAAACAAAAAAAAAACAUUUUUUUUUAAUUUGGUGUUUUUAUUUUACCUUAGAAUAUGA